ACUUUCCAGAUCCCCUUCCCCUUAUAAGUACCCUCUUUCUCUCUCCUACCUUCUACCUCCAUUAUAAUUCCCAAAAAGCAUUUCAAUCAUAAAUUCUCUCUCUUUUAGAACUCUCCACGCAAAAAUGCCAACCCGACCAGCUGGCCCAAUCUCUCAAGACUGGGAACCCGUCGUCCUCCACAAAAACCGCCCAAAAACCCAAGACCUUCGGGACCCAAAAGCCGUGAACCAAGCUCUACGCUCCGGCAAAGCUGUGGAAACCGUCAAGAAAGCCGUCGCAGGAACUAACAAAAAGGCACCCGCCACCGUCGUCAACGCUCGGAAACUCGAUGAGGAGACGGAGCCGGCGGCGCUAGCCAAGGUCGCGGCUGAGGUUCGUCUAGCUAUUCAGAAGGCAAGGAUUGCGAAGAAGAUGAGCCAAGCUGAACUAGCUAAGUUGAUCAAUGAACGGCCCCAAGUUGUUCAGGAGUAUGAGAAUGGGAAAGCGGUUCCUAAUCAUAUGGUUCUUGCUAAAAUGGAGAGGGUUCUUGGUGUUAAGCUCAGAGGAAAAUCUGGAAAAUGAUUUUUACGAGUCCUUAUUUUCACUGAUUUUUUGGUGGUUGUGUAAUUAGGGAAAGUUUAGAGUUAUUUAUGCGGUUUGGGUUGUUGGUAUAGCCGUAUAGGCAUGGAAUAUGUACUGUGUAAUCAGUAAUGACUUGGUAGAAAGGAAUAAAUUAAAGAUUAAUUACUUGCAA